UUUGUUGUUUCUGAAUUCAGUCAAAGUGGGUUUACAGUUUGGCCAUUUGGGCUGACACUUAUCAUUUCUGGAUGUUUUAGCAGAUAGAAGUGGUAACCAGCAUAAUCCUUUAACUUUAAGGGACUGUUUUCCAAACCGCGCCUCUCUCCCACACACUGAAAGCUGAAAGGUGCUUUACUACCUCCCAUUAUGUCUUCUUAAUUAGUAUUCCCUACUUACUCGUUCUGCAUUUUUGCCUGCCACCAGCCAUAAAUCGCCCAUCUUCCAACAAGUGGAGCUGUUUUUGUUUUUGUGUGCGAGCUGAAGAGGAGCAUCUACUCUUUUAACUAAACUGAUAUUAACUUCAGUGCAGCAAGAUAUCAAACGAGGUAGUACAGCAGAGAGAUAUCGACACUGGUGGGUGUCAGUUGUAUGAACCUCAGCAUUAGACUUUGGGCAAAGUUUCCGACCUAGAGAGGCUCUGGAGCAGCAGGCUAACGGACUGUCCUCACCGCUGUCAUGGAGGGAGGAGGAGAGUGGAAGAGAGUCUGCACUGUAACGCUCACCGCACUCUUCAUUCAAGAAGUGGCAGGGUUGAGCAUGAGAAACGAACAGUUGGGAAAGUGUGUGCAGGUACAGGAGGGCCAAGCCCACAGCAGUGUGAGCCUGGAGGACUGCAAACCAGGCUUGGCCCUUCAGGAGUGGCGCUGGAGCUCGGAGAGCCGAACCCUCAGAAACCCGCAGACAGGCAAAUGCUUGACUGCCAUCCAGAUCACAGAGCAUGAGAACGUUGGGCUGUGGGCCUGCAGCCCUGCAGAAAACGAAGGCCAGGCCUGGAGCUGCUCGAAGAAGGGCCAUCUGACCCUCCAUGGCAAAGGCUUACAUCUGAGUGCGCACCAUGACUCCUCCAAGGUGUUUUUGUCCACGGAGCGGGGAAGAAAUAGCAAGUGGAGGACCCUGAGCAAGCAGACAGUGUGUGAGGAGAAGGAGGAAACAGAUCAUGUGCCUGAGAAGACAGGACCCCGCAUCAUUGCUAAAAUCCGCCUGUGGCAGCCUCCAGCGGAUUAUGGCCUGCCGCCUUCCAAGCCCACCCAGCCAGCUCAAAUCUCAUCUGCAGUUCCAGAAGCAAAUAGUAGCUUGGAUACUUCUCUGAAUCAGCUCAGCAUGGAGUAUGGGUUUGAAUGGAAGGUGACCAUGCUGGUCCUGAGCUCACUUGCUCUCCUCCUUGGAAUGGUGAUUCUCAUCCUAAACAUCUACCAAAACAGGACGAGGAAAACUGUUGUGGUUCUUAAGUCGUACUCUUCAACUGAAGCAGUCAGUCAGCCUGGAUCACCAGUUCCUAGCGAGAGAGCUCCUCUGACCAAACACCCCAUGAGACCCCCCAGAUCCCCCUCUAUCCAGCGUGGGGAGAUCCUUGUUGAGUGGAAGGAUGGCACAGUUACUCCCCUGUUCGACACCUACCUGACCUCCUAAACCAACAACUUCCAUCUUCACAGGAAUAAAAAUGUGUAAUGGUAUGUGUUACACCUUGCUCGACUGUUAGAAACCUGAUUUGCUCUUUCCACUAAGUUCUUCAGGUUUCUGUUUGCUCUUUGGUAUGCUGAGCUCUUUUUUUAACGUCACUUUUCACGGAUGAUUGUCUGUUAGAGUGGCUCUGCAGAUGAUAUCUACAAAAUGUACUAGCAGUGGCCACAAGACUGUAAACAACCAUAAUGCUUGCUUUGAAAUGGAUUUGCUCCACACCCUUUGGUAGCGCCACAUGAAUAGUGGCAGUGCCAGGUGAAACCAUAGGGUGCUUUCAGCAUGGUUGAAUCGAUGUCAGUCAAUGUGUGGGUGGGUGUGCAAAUAUCCACUCUGUGAUUCCCCAGUGGAGUAGACUGAGCUACAGUACACUGUUUACAUUUCAGUAAAACCUCAAAAAGCCUGAAGAAAUUUGCCUAGGGGAGCAUUAACGGAGAAGAUUAUUUACGACUUAGAAACAAAUGGAUUCUGGAUGUCAUUAUACACAUAUUGAACAUUGCCAGAAAAUGUAAAGGGUUCAGCAGAAGUUGGGCGUGAACCUCAAGAAAGACUGUGCUCACCCCUAAGCUAAACUUCUCGUCACGAGUGUUUUGUUCAUAUGUUCAUGUGCACGUUUGAGCAUGUAGCGGUUCAAAAUGUAGUAAACCAGACAGGCAAGUUAGAGUUUAACAUAAAGAGGCAUUUGUGCCUGUCACAACCUGCAGUAAUGUUACAUAAUUACAAACAAGGUAGGGUUCUUAUAAUUAUAAAUGUCACGAAGGUGGUGUAGCUGCUCUGUGAGCCCAUGUAUUGAUGUGACUUCAUGUGACUUCAAGAAGCCUGUGAUAGAGAUAUAGCUAAAUUAAUGAUAAUCAGUAACUAGAUUCUAGAGUUAAUAUAUAAGUAAAUAUAUGUAAAGUUAAUAUUUAAAAGAGAAUAUAUAACUAAUGCAUAAUAUAGCGCUGGCUUGCAAAGUCAUUUGCACUGUUUUAAAUGCCAGAUUUCUCCAACAAUUUUCAAGAUAGAUGGACUAACUUGGUAUAUACAUGUAAAUAACCUAUUAAUUAACAUUUAAAGUUAAGGUUUGCUCCUAUUUGUAUUCUGUUGUAGCUUUUCUCUUCUAGAUUGUACAGUACUGUGCAAAAGUCAGAGAUCACUCUUCAUUCAUUUAAUUUAUGGUCACAAUGGCCAUUAAGUACAAGAUAUUCUUUUUUCAGUGUCAGGGAAAAAUUGAGCAGCUUCUGUGUUUGAUAUGCAAAAUCUUUUAUCUUUUUUUGUUUUGUUUUGUUUUUAUUUAUUUCUCUUUCACUUUUCUCUUCCGUACACAUAUGCAAAUCUUUUUACCUUAUAAGAUAAUAGUAAUAUUCUGAAGAGCUGUGUCUUACGUUUGCACAGGACUGUGUGUGUCCAGAGAAAAUCUUUCCUUCUUGAUUUUCCUCAAUUAUUAUUAAUAACAUAUAACAUAUAAUGCUUAUAUGAAAAGGUUUGUGCACAUUUAUAAUCUUGUGUGCAUUACUCCCCCCUCCAUUAUUCAUACACAUUGACCUUUCAAAUGCAUGCUUUCCUUCAGCUUUUAGGCUGCCAGUGACAAUAACACUAUGAAGCUUUUGGCUCCUUUAACUUUAAGCCUUGGCUUUGCAGCCCAACUGUAAAGUUAUAGUUUUUCUGUACAAGCCAACAUGUUAAAUUCUCUUAAAAGGUAAAAAAUGAUUUUGGUACUAAAAUGGCCUUUCCAGUGAAAGAAGGCAAAUUUGAUUCUACUAUAAAUUUUCCAAUUUAAACAUAAUUGAAUUUUGUCAUUUUAUCUCUUUAAUUGGGAAUGACGGUAUCAUGUGGAAAGGGGAUGUUUAUGAUACCAUGACCUGAGGCUGUUCCUGUUGUCUGUGCCAUGACUGGAUUAGUAAAGAUGCCUUAAAUAUGCAAUGUGUGAGGCUCGUAUAUUCAACCACAACUGUACAUUUAAAUGUAUGUACUAGGUCAGUUUAGAACAUUAUCUCGUACCUUAUUACCUACGUGCAAAUAGACCUAUGCUGAAAACUGGGAUCUCCUUUUCCUUCUUUAUAGACUAGCCAAUGCUGUACAGGUCACUGAUGGGAACUAGAUUUAUUAGAAAACAUGUUAAAUGUUAUGUCAAGCACUUUUAAUAUUUUUAGUAUUUAAAAUCAUUUACAUGUAUAAAAUGUGAACUAACAGGUUUAAUUUAAAAGCCCUAGUGUUUAUAUUAUCAUAACAAUGAAACAUAAAUAGCACAAAGCUAACAGUUUUGUUUUUAGUCUUGUAUAAGUAAGAUGUGCUAUUCUGCUGGAGGCAUGGUCUCCAAACUAGUCUGUAUGUUUAUCCUAUAAAAUUUUGUUUAAUUUUUGUUAAGAAUAACAUUGACCUUGGCUGUAAUAUAAAAGUGUCUGAAUAUUUUGAUAAAUAAACUUUGACUAAUACUU